GAAGAAGAAGAAGAGAAAAGAGAGAAGGAGGAGAAGGAGGAGGAGAAGAAGAGGUGAGGUGGUGUAGGGCUGCUGGAGCUGCUGAGCAAAAAGAAAAGCCCUGGUUUAGGAGUCCAUGUUCAUGUCGUGCUGUAGGAGCCGCCUUUGCUGUGUAACACGGAAAAACUACGGAGAAAAAGGAAGCCGAGAGUCCGCUACCGUGAAGAGUCAGGCAGCAGUGCUGGGGAGAGAGAGGAGCCGAGCAGAGCCGAGACCGAGCCGAACUGAGCCGAGCAGAGCCGAACCAGGGAAGAGCUGAGCCGAGCAGAGCCGAGAGAUGAAUCGUCAGUGUGGCAACGGAUGACCUUCUAGCGACACCACUAGACUCCUCAACAAGGUUCUACUCAAUCCCAGGUUGACGUUCUCACCUACAAAAUGGAGUAAACCUGCAGGUGUCUCCCUCUCGCCACCCCCUUCCCCCAUCCCCCACCCCUUCUCCUGCCUACUGUAUGCUUGGUGCCCACCACUCAGUGCACCAUGCCUGGCAAUGGGCGACUGGGGAGGUCCAUGGUCUGGAAGUUCCUCUGCCCACUCAGGCGGUCUCGGCCGGAGAGGGUGAUUUUGGCUCGCAGCGAGAGCAUGCACGGCGAGCAGGUCUUAAAGAUCACCAUCACAGAGACUACGGUCAUUGAAGCCGACUCAGGGGUGUGGAACUCCAGAGCUCUCUCUUAUCUGUGCCUGUGGUUCUUCUUCAGCUUCUGCACGCUCUUCCUCAACAAGUACAUCCUCUCCCUUCUGGAGGGAGAGCCAAGCAUGCUGGGUGCUGUUCAGAUGCUCACCACCACUGUCAUUGGCUGCGUGAAGAUGUUUGUGCCUUGCUGCCUGUACCAGCACAAAUCCCGAACUGAAUACCCGCCCAACUUUCUCAUGAUCAUGCUCUUUGUGGGGCUGAUGAGGUUCACCACUGUGGUGCUGGGGCUGGUUAGCCUGAAGAACGUAGCUGUGUCGUUUGCAGAGACUGUGAAAAGUUCUGCGCCGAUCUUCACCGUAAUCAUGUCUAGGCUCAUACUAGGGGAAUACACAGGUUUUUGGGUAAAUUUGUCUCUGUUCCCAGUAAUGGCUGGUCUAGCUCUCUGUACAGCCUCUGAAAUCAGCUUCAACAUGCUGGGCUUUUCUGCUGCUCUCUCUACCAACAUUAUGGACUGCUUACAGAAUGUAUUCUCUAAGAAACUGCUAAGUGGGGACAAAUAUAGAUUCAGCCCCCCAGAGUUGCAGUUUUACACCAGCGCUGCUGCCGUCAUCAUGCUGAUCCCUGCCUGGGUCUUCCUCAUGGACAUUCCUGUGAUAGGAAAGAGUGGGCGGAGCUUCAACCUCAGUCAAGACAUUGUGCUGCUGUUACUCUUGGAUGGAGUCCUGUUUCACCUGCAGAGCGUCACGGCCUAUGCACUAAUGGGACGCAUCUCACCUGUCACCUUCAGUGUGGCGAGCACGGUCAAACAUGCCUUGUCCAUCUGGCUCAGCAUCAUUGUGUUCAGUAACCCCAUCACAGCCCUUUCUGCUGUGGGUACAGUACUUGUGGUUGUGGGAGUUAUGCUUUAUAACAAAGCCAAGCAAAUUCAGAGGAGCACGCUGCAGGCCCUCGCCCUGUCUGCAGACUCGGACCAGAGACCCCUACUGCAGGAGUCCAACAUCAAAGCAGCAGACUGAAUCAGAGCGACGCACCUGACCGAGACUGACAUUUCAGAUCCUGUAAGAAUGGGAAUUUCCUUUCCUGCUUGAAAAAGACGUGAUGACAUGAGUAUUUUCCAGGUUUGGCCACUUUUUUAAAAAGGCUGAGACCCAACUGAAUUCACAUGGACCAACUACUAGACCAGUAAAAUGGCCAAGCUCUACAUAGACUUCUGUGCCUGGGAGAUGAAUAUGACAUCCCUUAAAAUUUUCCACCAGCAUUCCUUUCUUUUUUAAAAGUGAUCCCUGAAUACAUAUAGCAGCACCAGAUGUGAAGGAACAUGUUUGAGCAUUUUUGUAGAUACCUACAGCUUUCCACAAAUUUGGCUGCAUAGUCGAAACAAGGCAGAGGGAUCGUCCAUGUUUCAUUAAUCGAGGGACCAUGUUUCAUUCCUUUUCCUUUUUUUGUUUUUUUCCACAAUUUAAUUGUGCUUUUAAUCAUUAGACUCUUUUCUUUUUUGGUAAAGGAAGGUUCCUCAAGAUUUACUUUGGUGUUUUCCCUCUUUCUCUUUCCUCAUAAGACUGUCAAGAGAAAGAAAAUAACAGUGUUUUAUAGCAGAAAAGUUUUCACAAUUAAUUGCACUAUACUAUGACCACGAUCAAGCCUGGCACUUAAGCCUUGUCUGAGGACUCAUUCCUGACCUCAGUAAUUUAAGAAGAAGACCACUGUACCGCUGUAGAACAUUAGACCAGGGGUGUACCAACAAUUACAAUAAUUUAAUGAAUGGGGUAUCGGCUGUAUAAGGUGAUCCAUGUCCAAUUCACAAGGUGCCCUAAACUGACAUAAUCCACAUUGUGCAAUAGUAUAAGAGAAUAGAGAACUAUAAUAAUAACACGUUUGUUUCUGCCAUUGACCACAGUCAACAAUCAACUGGGAAAAAAGAGCAGAAAUAUAGGUAAUAAUAGUAUUUAAUGCUAUAGUAUUUAAGCUUACAAAUGAUCAUUUAAAAUAAUUUCCCCCCAAAAUAUAGCCAUCAGUUUAGAUUAUAUCUGUCCAAUAUCAUUCAUUUUACUCUGAAGAUCACUGACUUCUAAUGAAUUUUAAAUAUAAUUACAAAAUAACACAUUACUGAGAACAACGACCCACCACCCAAAUAAUAACAGCUGUUCUGUGGUGGACUAUCCUGCACAUCAGAGAAUGCAGUGAAAAGAGAAUAAUAAAGUAUGUAGGGAAACAGAUACAGGACUAAUUUCAAUUCCAAUUUCUAUAUUAAUCACUGUAAAAUGGACAUUUUAAAAAUGAAGUGUAUUAGUCAAGAAUGUUAAGGAAUAUCUCAACUAAAUCCAAAGUUAUGUACUGUAGUAUUAAUGUUCUGCCAAGCACCAUUAACCUACAUUGUGUGACUGUUUUCUCUAUGAAAACACACACAUCGGAUCAGAUCUGAUUUAAUGCUAGAAAAACUUAUCGAUAGAACCUUUAUAAGCAAAGGCUUAAAGUAACCUAAUUGGACCAUUUCAGUCUUAUAAAAACCCUUUUUAAUGAAUUGUACUUAGUUUACUUUGUUUGUUCCAGAACUGUUUUGUGUAAUAAAUAAAGAGUUUCAUAUACAAAUAUUAAAACAAGGUAAUACUUUAAAGUGCUAUUGUAAUUAUAGCCUAGACAUUGAAGUAUUCCAAAUAAAAUCUUUAGGGAAAAACGGUAAUUAACAGUAAUUAUGGUUUUUAUUUUAAAUGAACAUACACUGGUUGUGGCAGUCACUAUAACUAAAAUACAUGAGACUGCCAAAAUGUCAGUUUACCUCUUAGUUUUCCAUUCAUUUCCAUUUCAUUUCUUUGUCUUUCUUUACGUGAUGUGUUUUACAGUAUGGUAUCUUUUUAGGCUCUUUGAAUGAAAUGCAAUGCACCGCUUUAACUUUAUUUAUACAUUUAGACUUGACAAGUUACGAGUCGUGCAAACCCAGAUUUACACAGCAUGGCAGUGCAGUGCUACGGCAUAUGAACAAUACACUGACAUUUGUGGAUCAUCGCUGUCAUAACUGAUCCUUAGGAAUCUCCAAAUCAGCCAUUUUAUCUGUUUGGUCAUUUGUUUCUACGUGUUACCCAGUGAGUGCGUUUAGAUGCAUUUUAUAAUCUGAUUCUAAAUAGAUUUCUGCAAUUAUCUGGUUUGAUUAUUUUAGUAGUAGUGUAAAUUGUUUCAAUUAAGAAAUCCAUGCAUACACUUAACUGGAGUAUUCCCCCAAUUUCAUAGUCUGCUCACUGUCAGAUCAAUGCUGAAAUAACAUAAUGAUUGGAAUAAGCUUCAUCUUCUAGCUGAUGUAUGUUUAUAGUGUGGCUCAAUGUUUCAAAGUUGAGUUUAAGUUUAAGUUUAUUGGCUGUUAAAGCAAAAGUUCAGUUUCUUGGACCGGGAUUAAGACUAAUCCGAGGCUAUAUUUUCAUUUCAAUAGAAAAUCUCUAUUCACUAUGCUGUGUAGUCCAAGACUUUGCUUAAUCCCUAUGUGGGGAAUUUUCUUUUCUUUUUUUUCCAGAUUAACUGAUCACCCAAGUUCAUGUUAAAAGCAUUGAUUAGAUUCCAUACAAAACUCUGCAUUAUCAGAUGUUGUAAUCAGAUUAUGAGGGGAAAAAAUAAAUUAAUAAUUAAAUGCACUCGUUGUAAAGGGCAGCUGACUAAUUGAAACAAGUUAUUGUGGUUUGAUUGGACAGCGUCAACGUGUUUUGUUGUACUGCUACUAUAACCUUAUGAUUCUUUAUACUGUAAAAGACCUAUCAACAGCUUGUUGUUUUUAAAUGGUGACAAUGAACUCCUGUGCAGUUUUCUGCAUAGUUGACAUGCCUGUUCUGACUCUUUCAGGUGCAGCAUCUUAAUUUAAGAGUUCAACUUCUGCCAUUUUUAAAAACUGUACAUCUUACUCAGUGCUUCCCACACCUUUCCUUCUUCCACUUGUGGUUGUAAUGCCUUGUAUUUCUUGUAUUGCGUGCUGAGACUUGAAUUCACAGCAAACCUGUGUUUCUUAGACUACUUAGCUGAAGACAUUCCCUGUGGCUGUCUGUGAAAUAACCAAUGUCUUCUGUUCUUUUUAUGCCUUACCACGAGCCUCAGAUUCACAUCUCCCACUCGCUGUGGGAAAGGUGAGUCCUAGUCGAACCUCUCGAUUCUGAGCCUGUGGACUUUUGACAUCUGUGGAUGUAUUUCUAAGAACAUGUUUGUUAGUUUAUAGUUCUGACAGUGUAACUUAAUGAUCUCCACUUGUGGUGUAAUAUUCUCCACUUAGCACAAGUGUGAAGAUAGCAAUAUGUGUGUCCUGAUUACAAAAAGAAUGGUUAAGCGUUUCCGAAAAGCUGAUUUUAUAUUAUGAAUGGGAAACAAUAGGUUGAAAUGUAAGAAAUGUAAUGUAAGAAAAUGUAUUUUCGUAUAACUGUUUAACCAAAUUACUGUCUAAAAGGAUGUUUUUUCUGUAUAAAUUGGUCUGAUCCUGUGUGUAAAGUCGGAGGUAUUAUUUGUGCAUUGCUGCGGUGUACAGCAUUAUUUUAAUUUGUAAUGAAUCUCAUUUGUUUAACUCAACUCAAAUAAAUUUAUAUAAAACAGAA